AUGGCUCUUACUUCUCUGCAAGUCUGCAUGGACUCAUCUGAUUGGUUACAGGGCUCAAUUCACGAGGAAACCGGGCUAAAUUCUUCGUCUUCGUCCCCAUCUGGAGACGUUCUGACCUGCUCCAGGCCCCUGAUAGAGAGGAGGUUGAGGCCACCGCAUGAUCAAUCCCUAAAGUGCCCUAGGUGUGACUCUACACACACAAAGUUCUGUUAUUACAACAACUACAGCUUGUCCCAACCUAGGUAUUUCUGCAAAACAUGCAGAAGGUACUGGACCAAAGGUGGGACCCUAAGAAACAUCCCUGUAGGAGGUGGAUGUAGGAAAAACAAGAAAGUUUCAUCCAAGAAAUCAUCAAAUGAUGUUCAUAAUAUUCAUCAAUCUUCAUCGUCUUCUGGACUUAACCAACAAAAUCCGGCUGGGAUUUUAUCUUCUGAUGAUCAUGAUCAUAAUCCUACUGAACUUCAACUUUCAUUCCCUGAUUAUAUGCAGUUUUCGAACUUCAACAACAACACUUUCUUGACAAACCCUAGUUUCAACAUUCUUGAAAAUCCAAUUACACCAAUUGAUUUCAUGGAGAACAAGUAUGAUUUCUUGGGAAAUGGUGACUUUGGUAAUAUGAUGGGGAAUUCUCAAAAUUUUCAAGGGAUUUGCUCACCUUUUUUGGGUAUGAAUCUUGAUGGGAACAUGAGUGGAACAAUUUUGGACAAUUCUCAGAGGUUAAUGUUGCCAUAUGAACAUCAUUUGGAUCAUACUAAUCAGGUAGAUGAAAAACCGAAUUCAAAGAUAUUGUCACUUGAAUGGCAUGAUCAACAAGCUUGUUCUGAUGCUGGGAAGGAGAAUUUUGGUUAUCUUGGUGGACUCGGAACAUGGACUGGCUUGAUGAAUGGCUAUGGAUCUUCAGCAACAAAUCAUCCGUUAGUCUAG